GCUUUCGUCUGUUGCCGUCUGUUUUGUCGCUUUUCUUGACUAAACAAUCAUGGAAGUUAAAUCUUCACCCAAAAUAUGAGAAGGGAUAAGCUACAUAAACUCUUGAGAUUCGACCUGGGUUUUCAUAUAUGAAAUCUAACACGUUUUAUCCGAGCUGGUGAGCGCAAUGGGUCCAUCAGGAGAUAAAGUGAGCCCAGAAAUGAAGGAUCUGGUCGCAGACACUCGAGAAAAAUCCGAAAACAAGGUUAACGACGUGCUUUCUAAAUUAAAAGAUCUUUUAGGCAGGAAGUCUUUAGGAGAUCAGAGGGAUCUGGAGGCAUGCAAACAGAGUCUUUACUCUCACGGUGUGCUGCAGUACUGCUCCUCUUCCCUGAGAUUCAGUCCAGCCAAGAUUCACGGAGGCUAUGCGGCUCUGACACAGAUGGCAGACCUUCUCAGCACAUGCUGUGUGGGUCUGGGAGCUUUCAGAGACAUGGAGGUGUUUAGUCACGAUUUUCUGCCUUCUGUGGUGGAAAGCCUUCUUUUUCUUGCAGACCGUCUAAUGAACAGAGCUUUGCGGGACAAGUCACAUAAUGAGAUAAUUCGUUUAUUUAGAAAAGUCUUUGAUUCGAUUGGCUGGCUCCUCAGGGCUCAUACACAUCUCAUUCAUCACGUACUGAGAUCUAAACAUUAUGAGAACAUCCAAAUCUGUGAAGAUGACGACGUCUCCAUUGUUACUGUCACCAUGUGGAACAAUAUCUUCAGGGCAAACGGUGCUGUUGUAGCUGAGAUGGGAAACAGGGCUCUGACUGACAUCAUGGAUGAUAUUGUGUAUAAAAUGUCCAGUAGCUCGAAUCCUGUGAUUGGCAGAGCAGCUGUAAAGACCCUUGUUCUGAUUAUGGACCACAGCAGCUCAACCCAUCAUCUCAUUCACAAACGAUACAGAGGUUUGGCUGAUUUAGCUGUGAAAGACUGGCGUGGUAAAGGCUUUGACUCUGUUCUGGAUCAGCUUAUUGAUCACUUGCGGUCAGACGUCCCAUGGAGAGACACUAAGGAGUCAUCUGAGGAGUGUGUGCGAGCAGCUUGUAUUAUCCAGGCAGCCUGGAGAGCCCAUCAGACCCGAAAAAGACUUCGGAAACUCCCCAGAGCGGUGAGCACAUUACAGCGCAGCUUCAGGGAAAAGCGCAGGCGACAACAGGAACACACUGAGAGACAACGCGCACAAGAAGAAUUACGUCAUCAAGUGUGUCUACGAAGACAGAGAGCCAUGAGACAGUUCCGCCAACACCAGCUUCAUCUGAUGGAGAUACUACCGGCUGCCCAGGUGGAGAGAUACCUGGGGGAGCUGGAGAACAAGGCAGCCGUGCUGAUUCAGAGAGUGUGGAGAGGACACAGAGAGAGACGCAGCUUCCAGCAGCACAGAUACAUUCUCAGACAGCACAGAGCUGCUGUCACUCUACAGAGAGCCAUUCUGCAGUUUUUAAAACAUCAUAGAGCACAGAGAAGUAUUCUCACGCCGUUAAAAGGACCCAAAGGACUGACUGACAGUAGAAGAACGGAGCUCAGGCAACACAUACAGGAGCACAUCUCUCUACAUCCUUCUUCAGUGACGUCAGCAGAGGGCAGUGUGGAGCUCCAUCAGAGAGCACAGAGUCUCCUGCACCAGCACCUGAUCCACAGAGCAUCCGAUCGAGCGCAGGAGCAGCACAGACAGGCUCUACUUGCGCAGAUCAACACAGACUUGGAGCUUUUACUAAAUGCGCCGUCGCUGAAGGAUGCCAGAGCGGAGGAUGUGAAUCUGUUCCUGAGCCGCUCCUGCCCUGUGGCCACACGCGCCCGUCAAUCCCACAAUGCCUUGAUACAGAGCAUGCGUCUCCCGUGGUGGAGGACGCUCGGAGAGGAGUCCUCCAGCCCAGAGGAGCCUCCCAGGAAAGACUAUGACAUGGACAUUGAGUCACUGUAUCUAGGCGGCAACUAACAGAUGAUGAAACGAGACUUUAUUUGCAAUAUAUUGUUCAUAUCAAUAUGAAAGAAUGGUACAUGUGGACAGGUUUAAUGGCAAGUUAAGGCUUCCAAUGUGAUUUAAGAGCAAUAUCACAAAUAACAGAACAAGUACAGUGAAGUACAUUUACAUUUUGUGGGUGAACUGUCUUAUGAA